AAGCAACAACAAAACAACAAAAAAAACAGCCCCACAACUCGCAAAAAUGUUCCUGACCUGCGAGGGGGCCCUGGGGAUGGCUCCGGCGGCCGCGGAGCGCAGCGCGCCAGCCCGGCCGGGCGCUUUCCACGCCGGCUACCAACGGAUCGAAGGGAUCAGCUUGGGCUACUUACAGAUCAACGGCACCCAGAUGUUCGCGCUGGCCCAGGUGCUCAGCGACCUGUUCAAGGACAUCCCCAGGACCACCAUCAGCAAGAAGAUGGAAACCUUAAAGAUCAAGAGCCGCCGCUGCGACCUGGCCGAGCUGCGGACGCUCAAGGCCAUCAACUCGGUGCCCACGCGCGCCGUGAAGUGCUCGCUCAUCUCCAAGGCGGACCUGGAGGCUCUCUGCACCUCCUGCAAGAGCCUCCGCCGGAGGAAGAGGAGGAGGAAGAGCAGGAGAAGGCAGCAGCUGCUGCUGCCGGGCCCCGGGGAGUUCUUCCCCUGCCCGCGGCCCCCGCCCUGCCGGGAGGAGGAGGAGGAGGAGGAGGAGGAAGGGGACAGCUCGUGCAGCAGCGAGGAGGGCAGCUCCUCGGAGUCGGAGAGCAGCUCGCUGUGCAGCGGGGACUCGGUGCAGAGCACGCGGUACCGGCAGGCGGCCCUGCCCCGCUUCCAGCCCCCCCGGGAGCCGCUCGGGGAGGAGCGGCCGGCGGAGCCCCCCCCGAGCAAAGCGCCGCGCCCCGGCCCCGAGCUCCUCUUCCUCUCGCAGCAGCUCUGGGCCCGCACCCUGCGAGCAUCAACUUUGGAAAGUUUGAGCGCGGCCGCAGCGCCGGGGGCUCAGCCGGGGCUGUACGCGAGGCACGAGGCCUCCCCUGCCUCCUCCUCCUCCUCCUCUUCCUCCUCCUCCUCCUCCUCGCCCCCUCCCUCCCCGAGCAGCAGCACCCCCGGGGGGGCCCCGCCACAAAAGGAGCGCGGCUUUGGGGACGCCGGAGGGAAGGAUUCGCACAAAGAUGCCUCGAACAAAAGCCCCUCGUUGGAGCGGCCCAGCGGAGACUCCCCGGGCCCGGCGCCUUCCCCCGACCCGGCCCCGGAGCUGCGGGCGAGCCCCGCCGCCUCGGGCGAGCCCCGGCCGGAGCAUUUCGACCGCUUGAUCCGCCAGUCCAAGCUGUGGUGCUACGCCAAGGGGUUCAACGUGGACGGGAAAGGUUUGCGGCACGGCCGGGGCAGCCCGGAGCCCUGGAGGGGAGCGGAGCUGCCUCUGCAGCCCCGCGGGGGAACCGGGACGCUGCGGGCUCGCCGGGACGGCAGCGCCAAGCGGCGGCGCCCGGCCGGGACCAGCGAGGGGCAGCGCCGCUCCCCCAAAGCCAGGCCGCCAAAAACGCCGCGGAGGAGCUGCAGGAAGGGAAACGCUCCCUGCAAAGCCAGCCCGCCUCGGAAUUCCUUCAGCCUGAUGGGAAACUUCCCCUGCACGCCCUCGCUGGUGGUGGGCGAGGACGGGGACCUGUGCCCGGCCUCGUCGCUGGGCGGCAAGAACUCGUGGGCGCUGUCCAAGACGCACCCGCUGUGGCGGUGGCACCUGGGGGGCAGCGCCAUCCCCGUGCCCCCCAGCCUCAAAUUCCGCGGCUGCGCCAGCCUGGAGCAUCCCUGAGGAGCGCAGGAAAAAUUCCAGGAUCGCGGGAGGUGCCGGGGACCGGGAGCGGGGUCAGCCCGGCCCCGGGUGGGGAAGGGGCUGCUCGGAGGAGCGGGGUUUGGGGCUGAUUUGGGGCUGAUUUUGGCCCGAUUUGGGGCUGAUUUGGGUCUGAUGUGGGGCCUGUUUGGAGCUGAUAUGGGGGGUCCGAUUUUGGGCUGAUUUUGGCCCGAUUUGGAGCUGAUUUGGGGCUGAUUUGGGGCUGAUUUUGGCCCGAUUUGGGGCUGAUUUGGGUCUGAUGUGGGGCCUGUUUGGAGCUGAUAUGGGGGGUCCGAUUUUGGGCUGAUUUUGGCCCGAUUUGGGGCUGAUUUGGGUCUGAUGUGGGGCCUGUUUGGAGCUGAUACGGGGGGUCCGAUUUGGGGCUCAUUUGGGGCUGAUUUUGGCCCGAUUUGGGGCCGAUUUUGGGCUCAUUUGGGGCUGAUUGGGGUCGAUUUGGGGCCGAUAUGGGGCCGCGAGCGCCGCGGGAUGUUGUGUUCGGGAGGAGUUUUAGGGUGAGGUUAAAGGGCGCGAUGGAACCGAAAUAAUUCCCCAAAAACUCCGCGCGCCGCUGGAAAUGAGGGGGUGAUUCCCAGGAAAGGGAUUUAGGGAUGAAACGGCUGCUGGGAGAACUGGGAAUGAGCUGGGAGCGAGCUGGGAAAACUGGGAAGGAGCCUCCUGACCUCCCGACCCUACUCCAAAAAAAAAAAAACCAAAAAACCCAAAAAAAAAAACCCCAACAAAAAUUCAAACCCCUAAUUUCUCAUUUUUCAUCCAUAAAAAUUGGAUUAAAACAAUAAAAUUCCCACUCAGCCAAGAAAAAAUUCCCGUUCCUUUCCGGGCCGAGUGGAUCCCGGGGAAAAUUCGGAAAAUCCGGAAAAAUCCCGGUUUUCCAGCGGGGUUUUCGUGGUGUGGGGGCAGGGAGGAAACGCCAACUUUUAAAAAAAAAUCGGGAAUUUCGGGAGGUCGGGAGAAAGCGGGAGGGGUGGAGAGGAAGCGACUUGAAGUUGCUCCAUGGAAAUCUAAAAAAUAUUUUUUAAAAGUGGUGGAAAAGGGAAAAAAAGUGAGGAAUUUGUGGGAUAAUCAUCCCUGGAAAAGGUUUGGAUCCCGAGAAAAAAAUGCGGGAAAAUCGGGAAUGGAAGGAUUUAAUCCCGGCUUGAAUUUCCCUCCCUCCCCCUCUUGAACCUUUCCAAACCUUUGGAAAUUCCCGAUGGGAUUUCCAGCCCAUCAAAGCCCCCAAAUCUCUGCUUUGGGAACUUAAAAAAAAAAGAAAAAAAACCAAAAAAUCAAAGCUGUUUUGGUUUGGUUUUUGUUUUGUUUUGGUUUGGUUUUGGGUUGUUUUUUGUUUUUUUCUUUUUUGGUUUUUUUUAGGAGAAAAAAAAUCCUGGCCCUCCUGGAGAUUCUGCUUGGAAAAUUCUUAAUUUUUUCCUGCAAAAUUUAGGCCCGAAAACAAAACAAACAAACAAAAAAAAUUCCAAAAUUAAAAAUCGCUGCCAGGGAAAAGGGAAGGAUUGAAAGGAAAAUCUUCACACGCGGCCUGCUGGAUUUAUUCCAAUUUUUAAUUCCAUUUUUUAAUAAAAAAAUAAGGAAAAUAAGGGAAAGGGGCGGGGGGGAAGGGCAUUUUAAAGGCCUGGAAUAUUUGGGAUCUGCCGGGCGCAGUUUUCUCUGGAAGUGGCGAAUUAAAGCGGUGUUCAUUUAAUUUGGGUUUUUAGCGGUUUUUUGGGGGUUAAAUAACUUUUAAUUUUUGUUUAUUUCGCCCCCUCCCGCUGAGCAGAGCGGCGGGAAAUUCCCUCGGCAAAAUAUUGGGAUUUUCGAGGAGUUAUUCCCAAAAAAAUCCCCCCCAACAACCCCAAAACGCGGCGAGAAAAGCGGAUUUUAGGGGAGGUUUUCCAUGGAAUUCCACGGAAUUCCGGCUGGGGUUAAAUAUGUGUUUUCUAUUUUAAAAAAUGGAAUUUUUAGUAAUUUGCGGGUGCGGUUGGAAAAAAAAAAAUCACGGGAUGCAGGCUGGGAAUGAAUAUUUAUAUUUAUAUUUAUAA